UGCGGACGUCGGGUUUCUAGUUUUCAUUGUGAAGACCUCUCUAUUGCAAACAUGGUAAAUGUACCUAAAACCGGAAGGACUUUCUGUAAGAAGUGUGGAAAGCAUCAGCCUCACAAAGUGACCCAGUAUAAGAAGGGCAAAAAUUCCCUGUAUGCCCAGGGAAAGAGGCGCUAUUAUCGGAAGCAGAGUGGCUACGGUGCGCAAACACAGCCAAUUUUCUGGAAGAAGGCUAAAACUACAAAGAUCAUACUGAGGCUUGAAUGUGUUGAGCCCAACUACAGGUCCAAGAGGAUACUGGCCAUUAAGAGAUGCAAACAUUUUGAACUCGGAGGAGAUAAGAAGAGAAAGGGCCAAGUGAUCCAGUUCUAA